GACACACAGACACACACACAGUUGAGGGCUGUGCGCCGGCUGGUGUUUCUCUGUGUGUGUGUGAUCUGGAGGAAGGAGAGCGGAGACGUGAUUUGUUUGUCUGGAUGUCUGGAGCAGCUUGAGUUUGAUGAUGAUGAUGAUGAUGAGGAGGAUCAUGACGGUGAUGAAGAAGCAGCUGUGGAUGUUACGCUGUCCCCACAUGUUUUGGAUGCCAUGAGAGAAACUGGAAGGAUUUAACUUUUUUGUUUGUUUUUUUUUGUUUUUUUUUAACGGCUGUGAAUGUUUUCCUGAGGUGGCGGGAUGAAGAGUGUCAGACACGUCAUAGAUGAGAUCAUGCAGCAGGAGAUCAGGCCCCUGCUGGCCGUCGACAUCAUAGAGCAGCUUCAUCGCCAGUUUGCCUUGCUCUCAGGAGGGCGAGGGAAAGAUGGCGCCCCCAUCAUCACCUUCCCAGAGUACUCAGGCUUCAGUGAAGUGCCCGAGGACGACUUCCUCAACGUCGUCACUUACCUGACCAGCAUCCCCAGCCUGGAUGCUGCAAGCAUCGGCUUCGUCAUCAUCAUCGACCGGCGGAAGGACAAAUGGAGCUCGGUAAAGGCCUCGCUAUCCAGGAUCGCUGGGGCGUUUCCUGGAAACCUGCAGCUGGUCUUGGUGCUGCGGCCGUCCAGGUUCUUCCAGAGGGCCAUAGCAGAUAUCGGGAUCAAACUGCACAAGGAUGACUUUAAAAUGAAGGUACCGAUCGUGAUGCUGAACUCUCUGUCGGACCUGCACGGCUAUGUGGACAAAGGCCAGCUGACCCGCGAGCUGGGAGGAAGCCUGGAGUACUGUCACAGUCAGUGGAUACACCACCGGACCGCCAUAGAGAACUUUGCCAUGACAGUGAAAACCACAGCCCAGAUGUUGCAGAAGUUUGGGACCGACCUGGCUGAGACGGAGCUGCCCAACGACGUCCAGUGCACCAAAGACCUGCUCACAGCACACACCGACAAACACGACAACCUCAAGGACGAACUGAAGCUGGCUCUGAAGCAGGGCACCACCUUGUUAGGCUGCAUCAAGGAGCAGGCAGCCAAGUCAGAGAACCACAAGCUGAACCCGGACGAGAUGGAGAACCAAACCACGGUGGAGAGGCUCCUCGCCCAGCUGGAUGAGACGGAGAAUGCGUUUGAACAGUUCUGGUGUAAACACCAUCUGAAACUGGAGCAGUGCCUGCAGCUACGACACUUUGAACAGGACUUCAGAGAGGUCAAAGUGUCUCUGGACAGUUUGAUGGACGGUCUCACCGGCCUAUCAGAUAUCGGGGAUUGUGUGGCCAGAGUCGAACACCUGCUGAAGGAACUGAAAGCACUGGAGGAGAAGGCUCGGCCCACAAUAGAAAAGGCCCAGCUCCACGCGCUGCACGGUGACCAGCUGAUCCAGAGUAACCACUACGCCGUGGACUCUAUUCGACCCAAAUGUGUGGAGCUGCGGCGGGUCUGCGACGACUUCAGCAACGAGGCCAAGAAGAAGACAGACGUCCUGUCCAAAUCCCUGCAGAUACACGUGGGCAUCGAUAAGGUGAACCAGUGGUGUGAGUCUGGCAUUUACCUGCUGGCCUCCCAGGCGGUGGAUAAGUGUCAGUCGCAGGACGGUGCAGAGUCGGCGCUGACCGACAUCCAGCGCUUCCUGGAGUCGGCAGAGAAGAACCAGCUGACCGAACUGAAGAACCUCCACAACCAGUAUGAGGUGGUUCUGUCCGAGGACAUUAAGGCCGACGUCCUGAAGGCACUGAAGCGCCUGGAGGACGUCCAGGAGAUGUUUGAGAAGCGGCACGUCAGUCUGAAGAGACUGUCGGCCAAACAGACGAGGCCCGUCCAGCCCGUAGCGCCGCGGCCUGAGUCUUCUCCUAAGCGACCUUCACUGAAGAACCCCCCGAGGACUACCGGGACCCAGCAGCCUCUGGCUCGCAGAGCAUCUGACAACUCCAACAGCGGCAGGCAGCCGGCCGAAGCUGAUCCCAACAAGAGGAAGAUCAUACGCAAGGCCAAAGGAGGCAUCAAGAUUGAAGUCAUGCACGAGGAAAGCCAAGGAGGCUCCACCCACGUCGUUGUGACCAAUGAGACGGAGGAGAGUCUCUCCAACAGACGCAGACACAUCAUGACUGAGCUGAUUGAAACAGAGCGGCUGUACGUGGAGGAGCUGCAGAGUAUCAUGGAGGGCUAUUUUGCAGAGCUGGAUAACUCAGAGCUCAGCCACCUCAUCCCUCCGUCCCUGGAGAACAAAAGGGAUGUGCUGUUUGGGAAUCUGCCAGAGAUAUAUGAAUUUCACAACAGGACUUUUCUGAGGGAGCUGGAGAACUGUGCAGAGAAACCAGAGCUGGUGGGAACCUGUUUUCUGAAAAGGAAAGAAGAGCUCCAGGUGUAUGAGAAGUACUGUCAGAACAAACCCCGCUCUGAAGUCCUCUGGAGACAGUGUGGAGACAGCCUCUUCUUCCAGGAAUGCCAGAAGAAACUGGACCACAAACUUUCUCUGGACGCCUACCUGCUGAAGCCCGUCCAGAGGAUCACCAAAUACCAGCUGAUGCUGAAGGAGAUGUUAAAGUGCAAUAAAGGCGAGGGGACGGCUGAGCUGGAGGAGGCGUUAGCCACCAUGCUGGACAUCAUCAAGUCAGUCAACGACUCCAUGCAUCAGAUCGCCAUCACUGGCUUUGAGGGAAACCUGAGUGAACUGGGGAAGCUGCUGAUGCAGGGAUCCUUCAACGUCUGGACCGACCACAAGAAAGGACACAACAAGGUGAAGGACCUGGCCAGGUUUAAGCCCAUGCAGAGACACCUGUUCCUGUAUGACAAGAUGCUGCUGUUCUGUAAGAAGCGAGAGGAAACCACCGACGGCCACGAGAAGACGCCGUCCUACGGCUUCAAACACUCGCUCAAGAUGAGCGCUGUGGGGAUCACAGAGAACGUCAAAGGCGAUAUGAAGAAGUUUGAAGUGUGGUACAACGGCAGAGAGGAGGUUUACAUCAUCCAGGCUCCUUCCAUGGAUGUGAAAAAUAUGUGGGUCUCAGAGAUUCGUAAAGUUCUUACAGGCCAGCUAGAGGCGUGCAGAGAAGCCAGCCAGCUCAAUAUCUUCGGGGCCCCCAUGAGGAAUGUGCGUAAGAUGGCGCUGAGACAGUCGGAUUCAUCGAGUCCAGAGUCGGGCUUCAGGAGGACCGACCCCAGUCCUAAUAUGAGGCAGAAGAGAGCUGAUGCUUCCACCGGCCAAUCAGGCCACUCGGCCGCUAACGCUAGGAAACGCUUCACCUUGCAGGGCCUCUCAAACAGGAGGUCUCUCCCAGCAGAACCAGCUGCUAAGGAGACACAGGUUCCCCGCCGCUUCUCUCUAACCUCCUCUCUCGCCUCCUCCUCCUCCUCCUCCUUCGCCGCCAGACGCACAAAAGGUCCGCUCUCUGCUAGCAUAAAGAGCAAGAGACACGAGAUAAAGAGUGAUCCCACUCCGUUUGGUUAUGAAGAUACUUUGCGCGGUGCUAUGGCUGCAGUCAGGAAACGUCAGAGCAUGACUAGCAGCACUGCUUCUGCUGCUGGCGCUGUCCCUAGAUCCACCUCCCAACCAGGCUGGGCCCAGCGGCGUCUCCCCUCCAUGGACACGGACGACUUUGAGACGAUCCCCUCCAGCGCAGAGGAAUCCUCCAACUCUUCAGAGGAGGAAGGCAACAAUAAAAAUGCCGAUGGCGGUCGCUUCCGGGUGCAGCUGACGUACGAGUCUACUGAGGCGCGAGACCUCUCUCUGGAGACGGGAGACCUGGUCCAGUUUGUGGAGGAAGCGGAGAACGGACACUGGCUAGUCAAGAACCUUUUAACAGAAGAGACGGGGCUGGUCCCGUCCAGUAUACUGCAAACAGCAUCUGAAGGAGAUAUCUUCAGUGAUCUGUGUACAGCAGCACUCUCUGACUCGGACGAAACUGAAGCCAGUACUUGGGGAGAGGUUUCUCAGGACAGCAGAUAAACAUGGCUGACUGUUGUAGUUCAAAACGUUGGACUACACAACACUUGUGUUGGAUCACAAACGAGCCUGAGAACAGUGGUUUUUCAACUGUAAUUUCCUAAGCUUGACUUUCGAUAUCAACACCGAAUAGUUUUCUACUCGUAGUUCUUCAUACUACAAAUAUGGCCUGCUAAUGUUUUACAACUGUAGUUUUUCAUGUCUGAAACAUUGAUGCUUUUCCAUGGAGCCCCUGGAAAGAGCUGGAACCUUAACAUGCUCGGAUGCCACAGUGGGAAAAGCCAUAAAAAGACUUUUAAUUCAAGGAAGCUGUCGAAGCUGUCGAAGCUGUCGUCUGUGGAGGACUGAAGGAUGUGGACACUGAACUUUUUCUAUCCAAAGUUGAAAUUCAGUUGAAUUCAGAUUUCAUACUUUGGGCUGGAUACCUGAAAAACUCAAAUCCCUUCUCUGACUUGGAUAACCUUAGGGAAAAGAGAUGAAUUCCAUGUGCUGGUUGUGAGCUGGGCCUUGGCGAGGUGCCCUGUUUUGCUGCUACGCUGCGCAGAAGGAAAAUUCUGUCAGACCAGGUUCUGCUUCAGCUGCUUCAACUUUUCAGGUUCAGAACAGACACUUCACAGUAGCUGCAGUCUCCACAGAGCAGAGAAGUUGUCCUGCUUUGCCUUUCCUCGUCCUGGUAGAGCACCCACAUAAUGUCAUUACGUUACAUCAGAUAUAUUAUCUCAGCGUGCCCCCUCUCACACCCUGUAGACUCGCAAAUUAUCUGUAUAAAUUGCUGUAAGAGGUUGAGAGAUAUCUCCUUUCCAUAUUUGAAUUUAUAACCCAGCCGUUCCUCUCUGUGCACUGGAGGAGAAAAAAUACUUAUUUUACAUUUGGUUCACUCUAUCAGGAACAAAAGUUUUAAAAUUAUGCUGAUUUGUACAGGAACUUCUGUAUAUCUGAUUGUUUAGAGAUCCUCCCAUGCUCCUUCAGUGAACUCUCACAGUCUUGAGAGACAGCUUUUUUUUUCAGUUCCUUGUGGGUCGUGUUUCUGGUGAGCUGAAUUAUGUCAGACAAUUAUUAACCACUUUGGUCAAUAACUGGGUAUAUUUUCAGUAUUGAGUCCAGGUAGUUGCCGACAUUGUCUGUGUGUCUUCUGGUGCCACAACCCAGUCGCCCCGAAUCGAUGCUGGUACAUUAUUGCAAAACUACAGAUGAGUUAAAACUUCAUGUUUCUUUAGGUUCAAUUUAAAAUGUUCUCUUGUGACAAAACUGUGGUUAUGAUGGGGUUAGGUUUAGGCACAAUAUGUCUUUGGUUAGGAUUUGGAAAACAUCAUGUUUGGAUACAAACACAGCUGGAGAUACGCCGAGGUCUCGUUAAAAACAACCAGCAUUAUAGCCACAAACCCGACUGGAGAUGGCCCGAAGUCUCCCUAAAAAUAUCCAGUGGUGUUGCAGAUAUGACUGAUAGUUCGCUGCCGAUUUGUUACUACAAGUGAGCAGUUUCAUGUUACAUGGCGUCAUUUGACUUACUGUCCAUAUGAAAUGUAAGAGUGGUGCAGCUUUAGAAACAGUUUUGUAUGUUUAGGGUCCAUCAAAUGAAAAAAUGUAAUUCUUAAAGAAUCUUCCUUCUCAGCUAAUCACAGCUAAAUUACUUUCCAGCAGAAAAUGCAUGUGAGAAACGAAUCAAUCAUAAAGUGUUUUCCACUUUAUUCGUUUUACAUGCGCAGAGAAUAGCAGACUGAAGAAGCCAGCAGCUUUCUGAUGGAAAUCAAAGCGUUGCUGCGGCACAUCUCUUCUUUAGAUGAAUGGGCUGGUGGUGUUCAGGAAACAGAUUUGUCUCUGUGACAUGUUAUGCUACUUGGACUCAUCUCUACAAAAUGGGAUUUUCCGUUGCAAGCUUUUUGAGGACAUUUCACACUUUGUUUUGCUGCACGCCAGCUGCCAUCUAUAUUCAGACAUUGUGUCUCUGAUAUGCGUGCAUAUAAACACUUCACCUACUCAGUUAAGAUGCUAUCCAGGCAACAGACAGAUAUUUUAAAACGGAUAUUCAGAAUAUUGUAUUAAUUCAUGCACACAGAUCACUUCAUAUCCUGCUGAUUCAUCUCCACAUCAAUAUAGCCGCUCAUUGCCAGCAGCAUUGCAGACACAGUCUGAAUCAGAGACCAAAUUGAUUGUAUUCCUUGAAAUUCCUUUAAGGAUCUGAGUGUGGGUUUGCUGUAUCCAAACAAUAGUUCAGCAGUGCCAUCUCUUCAAGUCCACGUUAAAAAUGCUUUUUUCCCCGUGAUAUUAACAUUUCUUCUGACAGAUGGCACUCAUGUCCUUUUUUUUUUACGAGAGUGAACUACAGUAUGUUGUGGGAAAAGUCAGGGAACUGUUCGGCUUUUUGCUGCAAGUGAUUUUUCAGGGAAAUGUGUUUUUUAGUAAGCAGCGCCUGCUGUUUCCUAAUCUUGACUGUAUAGGUUUCACCUUUUCAGAGAGGGAAAUAGCUCUGUGCAUUCAAUGUCCAUUCAUGGAAAGAGCCGGGAGGACAUCUUGGUAAAUGUAAAUAAACAUCAGUGUUGGUCUGAUAUUGCAUAUUUUGAGGGGCAAAGAUCCAUUUUCUGUUUGACUGCUGUAUUAUUGUACAUGAUUCUCCUUCAGAGUUUUUUUUUGUUCAACAUUGAAUUGCAUUUCUACUGACAGACUGAAUUAUAUGAGCUAUUCACGCAAAAAUCUGAAUGAGCGCCGCUGGAUUUACGUAAACAUGGCACAUCACAACACAGGGAGGAGCCUAAAAAUGUCCUGUUCACAAGAGCUUAGAUGACAGAUGACCUGUAAUGUCUGGGGAAUGAAAAGAGAAAUCCAGAAGGCUAAAUAUUCACCUGAUGACUGGAAACAUAUCAUAAUGUAAAGGUUAGUUACUCUGUUAGAAAGCUGCAGUAAGUAACAGGUUGGAGUUCAAGCUAUCGAAAGAUCAAUGGCUUAGAUGGACGAUGGAUGGAUGGACGAUGGAUGGAUGGAUGGAUGGAUGGACAGGUGCAGUAGAUGGAUAAAUUAAUGGAUGGAUGGAUGAUGGAUAGAAAGAUAUUUUGACACUGUAACUGGGUUGCAAUCAGUAAGAGAAGGCCAAACUCUAUGAAAGGUCAUAUACAUUAUUAUAAGUCUGACUGUAAAGAAACAAACUCCUCUUGAACAUGCUGUAUAUUUUGUUUAUCCCAUGUUAAAUGACACAUAUUGUAUCUUUGUAAAGGAAAUAUUUAUACUGUACUGCAUCCUGCUGCAAUGUAAUUGCCAUUUAACUCUAUUAUAGAAUGUAUCAAGUCUGUAUAUUGUACAAUCCGUCAUUGUAAUGUACAUAUGAGUUCAUUGUGAUAAUAUGCAUUUACAAUAUGAA